AUGGGCCAAGGAGUGUCCCGCAACGGCAUGCCUAGCGGUGGGGACUUUUAUGGGGCCCCUAUCUACGCCACAAGCCUCAGCCAUGACCGGCAGACGGAGGUUCGCGUAAGUAAGGACUCCGAUACAGUACAGAUUGGACCACGUGCACAGCUCCCGUAUCUUGAGACGCCUGGCAUGCGCAAACAGGACUUUUUCCGACGAUUAGGUCUUGUGGUCAAAACACGCGGCAACCGAAUCACGCAGAACGCGGAGGUCGUGAUAACUGACUUUUACAGACUAGACGGUAAACACUUUGUAUCACGAAACCACAGUCAAGGUCCCCAACCGAUGAAUUGGCAUGGACUUAAGGGUCCAGCUGAGGCCAGUUGCGGACUGCGCGUUGGGGAUACACUUUACGCAAUUAACCAUCGACUGGUUAUGAACAAAUCCAAGGGACAGGUGCUUCGACAGAUUAACUCGCUGCUUGAUAAAAAUGGUGGCGCUACUUUGGUACUCACGUGGAAACACACAGAUGAAAUUGAGGUGGUGUCUUGGGAGAACGAGCUGUGCAUGCCGCCGCCUGAAGGCGUCUACACACCGAUGGAGAACGAAUGGGGGCCCGCCCGACCAAGCAAAAUAUCGUCGGUUUCGAUCUAG